UUCUGAAAACGUGCGAAACUCGAACUGAAUUUCGUCAGUAGACGACAGGACAUAUCCCCAUAAACGAAUCAACGACGGCAAAAUCUAGACAUUCACACGACAUCACCUCUGUUUGUUUUUGUUUUGUUUUGUUUGUUUUGUACUUCAAGUUAGAUAUUGUUGUUUACCAUCAGACGAUUACGAAGGUUUAUCGGAGACGUACUACCGUGUACGCUUCUUCAGAAGCACCAUCUUCGCUGUGUCUCAGUUGUGUGAUACGCAGACAAUGGUGGUCUCAUGGGCUACGGCCGCUUAUACACUGAAUCAGCUUCCUUUAUGUUUUGCUGUUGUCGCUGGAGAUAUUGCUGCAUCAACAUCUAGAUAUAAUACCAAUAUCUCGCAAGAAUACAGUCCAAAGUGGAGAAGAUUUGGUUUCCAUCUGACUGAAAAGCACUCGAGCAUUCGAACUCUUGUCGCGGAGUCAAACAAAGUAUCGUCGUUGCAAACCCAUCAGGGAACUUGGGAAGAUCCUGACGAUGGCAGUGGCAGUGAAUAUGACGAAGACGAUGAGGACGUGGAAGAGAAUGACUUGGACAUUGAAAGUGACUGGGAAGAAGAGAAGGAAGCUCCUGCAGCUGCUAGUGUUCAGAAGUCUCAGAAGGACAAGUAUAAAGAGGAACUUGUAAAAGAGGUUGAACAGCUUUUAGGACCAGAAGAAAGGGCAAUCUUGCAGAAGUCUGCAACUCCCGAUUUGGGAAAAAUAUCGACAGUAGCAAAAUGGAAUCCGCUCCAUGCUCUUGCACUAUCAGGACAAAUUCCUUUCAUGGACAAACUACUUGAACAAGGCAUAGAUAUCAAUGUUAUUGAUCAGGACGGACUAACCGCCCUUCACACAGCAAUUAUCGGCAGAAAGGAUGUUGUUACCAGCCAUCUUUUGAGAAAAGGUGCGAGUCCUCAUGUCAAAGAUAGGGAUGGUGCUACACCUCUUCAUUAUGCUAUUCAAGUUGGUGCCAUGCACACUGUGAAGUUAUUACUUAAAUACAAGGUUGAUCUCAAUGUUGCAGAUAAUGAGGGGUGGACUCCAUUGCACGUUGCUGUGCAGAGUAGAAAUAGAGAUAUAGUGAAGGUUUUAUUACUGAACGGCGCAGAUAAGAACAGAAGAAACAAGGAUGGAAAAACACCUCUGGAUCUGGCCUUUUGUUAUGGCAAAGAUUUCAAUUCUUAUGACCUUGCCCGUUUACUUAAGGUUGUGCCGGAAAAUAGAGAUCUUUGAUGCGCGGGCUCUUGCUGU